AGAGAAUUCUAGUUUUGACUUUUGAGUUAUUUUUUAACCGGCAAACUUCAUACCUUCUAGUCACCUCAAAUCUAAUCCAAUGGGCAAAACCAUUAUCAAAAUCUGUUUGAUAUCAGCACGACAACUUCUUAUCGGAACCGGAUUCGCAUCCUCACUACUGAAACACCAGUGGUUCGCUGUUGGAUGGAUCGAUCCAGAAAAUAAAUACUGCACCACAAUCGAUGAUUCAAGAUCAGACAACCCGCUUUGGAGAACAAACUUCAUUACUUCACUCGACGAUGAUGAUGAUGAUUCCAAGAUUCAGGCCGCCUUGCACGUUGAGGUUUAUAGCAGAGAACCAAUCUUCUUAACGAAGAAGCUUCAUGGCACUGUUACUGUUUCCUUGAAGGAGUUUCUAGCUAAGUUUAAGAACCAGAGUUCUGUUGUUGAGGAAACCAGAAGCUAUCAGCUUAGGAGGACGAACUCAAUUAAGCCUCAAGGAUUUGUUGAUGUGUCGGUCCGUAUAUCUGCUGAAAGACAAGACUUUGGCGGUUUUACUGGAGAUUUUAGAGGAGUCAUGCUUUCUAACAACUCCGGUUCAUCACAGCCUCCAUUUGCUUCACUGAACCAACCAAACAAUCCAAAGCCCUUCUCAAUCCCGCCAGAUAACCACCACUCCUCAAUGCCUAAUCCUCUAACGAACAACGCUUCCCCACAAAUGCAACAAUCUUACUAUCCUCCUCCACCAAUGCAACAACCUUACUAUUCUCCUCCACAAAUGCAAGAACCUUACUAUCCUCCUCCACCAAUGCAGCAACCUUACUAUCCUUCUGCACCAAUGCAACAACCUUACUAUCCUCCUCCUCCACUAAUCCAGGAACCUUACUAUCCUUCUGCACCAAUGCAGCCACCACCACCACCAGAAACUUGGAACGCAGGCUACAUCCCGAGGUCAGAGAACGCUGUGAAUAUUCCAUCAUCAUCAUCAUCAUCUGGAGGAGCAGGAAGAGAAUAUCCAAGGACUAGACCAGGACUGGGCAGAGACUAUAUGUCAGGAGCAGAGCAGGACCAGAAGUUUUCAGGGUCCUACACAAAAUAAAAAAUAUUUAUGAAUUAUUUAUUAUUAAUUUAAAAAUUUUGCAAGUUUCUUUAAAUUUUCUAGUAUAAAAUUGAUUCAAAUAUCAAUUAUACCGAUAGAAAUUUAUCUAUUAUUUUGUAAUCAUUUCCAUAAAC